CCCCAAGUUUUCCCUCGUAUUGGCUCAUUGGCUCAUUGGCUCAUACUUAUAUGGUGCUAAAAGAUCGAGCAUCAAGCUCUCAGAACUAGGACUUCGAGACUUGGAGAGUGAGAGAAGAAGAAAAGUAGAGAUGGCGGUGAAGCUGAACCCAGAUGGGAAAGGGGUAUGGGAUGACGUGGAAAAGCCAGAGAAGGUGGCGAAGCUUAACCCAGAUGAAGAACCCGCCGGAUCCAAGACACAACCGCGGUUCAAACCGAAAGUUGGAAGCGUAAUUCCCGCGAAGAGGAGGCUAGUGAAGCGAAUGAUGUUUGAUUGGUUUGUCCGGUCCAUUUCUGGCCGUCCCUCUGUCCCCCAAUUCAACACCACUAGUGGCUGCUCCAAGAAGUUUUCGCCACCCAAUUCAUCAAAUGACAAGAAGGUGUGUCCGGUGUCUCUGUUUGUCGGAGUUCGAUGAUCGGGCGUGUUCAGUACCAGGAUCCAAACCGAAGAUUUGUUCGUGUAAGUUUUAAACCCAGAAAUGCAUUAUUUUAAAGGAUCCCAUCAAUUCCGACUCCAUUUCGAGGAUUUUCCAAUGAAGUCGCGUAAAAGUAUCAUGCUGAUGAUUUCUGAGUCUCUGUUUCAGGUAACAGAAUUGCUGAUGAUUUCUGAGUCUCUGUUUCAGUUAACUGGGAUUUUUAGUUUUAGGCCCAGUUGUCUAUCUUCUUCGCUGUUGCUGAUGAUUUCCGAGUCACUGUUUCAGUACCUGGGAUUUUUAGUUUUAGGCCUAGUUAUUUGUAAUAACAUUUUUGAUUAUUCUGUUUUUGGCUUU